AUGAGUUUCUUCACCCUUCCACCGCCCCCGUCCACCAAGCUUGGACGUCAUCGCCAGCUAUCACCUCGCGCGGGCGUUCAUGUGUCGCCCAUCCAGCUCGGAGCAAUGAGUAUUGGCGACAAAUGGACGCAGUUUGGAAUGGAAAGCAUGGACAAAGAGAAGAGCUUCCAGCUGCUCGACGCCUUCUACGAGGCGGGCGGCAACUUCAUCGACACCGCGAAUAAUUACCAGGACGAGAGCUCGGAGGAGUUCAUCGGCGAAUGGAUGGAGGCGCGCGGCGUACGCAAGCAGAUCGUCCUCGCAACGAAAUACUCCUCGGACUACAGGCGUGGCAAGGACGGUCAGCACAGCUGCUUCGUCGGGAACAGCGCCAAGUCAGUGCGCAACUCAAUCGAGGACUCGCUCCGGAAGCUGCGCACGGACUACGUCGACAUCCUGUACAUCCACUGGUGGGACUACACGUCCUCGGUCGAGGAGGUCAUGGACGGCCCGCAUGCGCUGGUGCAGCAAGGCAAGGUCCUCUACCUCGGCAUCUCGGACACGCCCGCCUGGGUCGUUGUGAAGGCGAACGCGUAUGCGCGGUACAACGGCAAGACGCCGUUUGCAAUCUACCAGGGUAAAUGGAGUAUCCUUGACAGGGAUAUCGAGAGGGACAUCUUGCCAAUGUGCAUCAGCGAAGGUCUGGCUAUUGCUCCGUGGAAUGUCCUCGGAGGUGGCAAGCUCCGGACGGAUGCCGAAGAGCAGCGUCGCAUCGAGUCUGGCGAGGAGGGUCGCAAGCUAACGGGCGACUGGAAGCGCACGCCCGAGCAGCGCAGGGUCUGUGCCGAGCUCGAGAAGGUCGCACAGGAGAUCGGUGCACAAAGCAUCACCUCCGUCGCUAUCGCCUGGGUCAUGCAGAAGGCCCCGUACGUCUUCCCGAUCGUCGGUGGCCGCAAGGUCGAGCAUCUCCACCAGAACCUAGAGGCGCUGUCUCUACACCUCAACGACGAACAGAUAAAGAGGCUGGACGAUAUUGUGCCGUUCAGCAGGGGUUGGCCUUACAAUCGUUACGGCGACGGCACCGAGUACUUUGCUGUCUGGAAGGCGGCGGGACACUUUGACAAGUGGCCUAUGGCGGGAGCUAUUAAGCCUCCUGUGUAA